UUGGGAUGUUUAUGUCAAUUGGGUUAUUCUGGAGAACAUUGUCAACAUGUUACUUGUUCACAACAAUCGACUGAUGAUUUUGAAGAAUCGCAAAGUGCACUCGCUUUUGUUAUUCGAGCUGCUCCAAGCAUGCAAGUUCAGAUGGAUGAAAUUGUGGAGACGGCGGAAAAAAUUGUCAAUUUUUAUGAAGGACAUUAUCCGAUUUUCUUGCAAGCUUAUGUUUUGGCUGUUGUUUCUAAUAAUGGUAGAGAUUUUGGGAGAAUUUGAAGAGGGCUUGGGAUUUGAAAUCGGAAUUAAGCCACUUGAAAAGAAUCAGACCAAACUUUUGAAAAAAAAAACAAAAUUUUCAGAAGACUGAUUAGAGAAAAUUCUGAUUUUUUUUAAAUUUAGGUUUUCGAAAUUUUCAAAACCCAGAUAAAAUAUUAAAAAUAUCUGAAAAAUCAUUUUGAAUGUAAAAUUAAAAUUUGUAAGAACAUAAUUCAAAACCGGAAAAGUUUCAAAACUUUCAAAAAUAAAUUUCGAAUUUUAGAUUAUCCCAUUCGGAAUUUUUUCUUGAAAUUAUAAAAUUAUUCAAUGAAUCACAUUUUGUUAAAGCAAAGUUUCCAGAUGUCUGAUUAUAACAUUUCAAAAAUUGGUUUCACGAAAAAUUUGAAGUCGAAAAAUUUCAAAAAAUCAUUUUGAAAUUUUUCGACUUCAAAAAUCAUCAAAUUUUUAGAUGAUUCGAUUCGGAAUUUUUUCUUGAAAACAUCAAAAUUAUCUGAACCUUUCCAGUGAUGACCAAAAAUGAUUUAUAAUUUUCAAAAAUUGGGCUUUUUUCUCUGACAAAGCCCAAUUUCUUUAUUUCAGACAUUGUCUUUGUCCACGAAUAUGAAACCGGUCAAGCCUUCAUCGAUUCAAUUCGAAGUAUCUCCCUCCCACCAAGUCAAACAGCCUGUGAAGAUCCAUUACUUUCUGGAGUAUCUCAAGUAUUAUCAAUGAAUGCCUUCAAAAAAUAUCCAAAUUCACCAGUAUUCGUAUUUUCUGAUGGUCCAGCUAAUGAUAAUUUUGAAACUGUUGGAGAUCUUAUGCAAAAAAUUGUCAACACUAGAGCUCAGGUAAAUCUUGAUACAUAGAUGAGACUUCACAUAAAUUUUUUUGAAGAUCAACUUCGUAAUCACCGACGCUGCCGAUGGUUCCUGCAACGUCGAUGUUUCCUCCAAUUCCUAUGAAUCGCUUCGUCAAAUCUCUCGACUUUCCAAAGGAUUGUUGGCUCAAGCUCAACUCACUCAACUCGGUGAAAUGACUUUCCAACUCGCUCAAAAUAUUUGGCAAUAUGAUACAAUUUUGACAAAUGAUUUGGAGGAUUGUAGAAAAGCGCCAACUUUCCAACCAUUUUUUGUUGAUCAAUCGAUCGAUUAUUUGACUCUUCAAGCUACAGGAUGUGAGUUUUCAGGGGUUUUUGAAGGGGGAACUUUUCUGAAAAAUCAUUUCUGAUUUAUUUUCCAUGUAAAUUUUUUGAAUAGUUUCAAGACCAAAACAAAGACGCUGUAAUCGUUUUCAGAAAUCUGAAAAGCUGAAAUUCUCAAUGUCAGACAAAUGAACAUAAGGGUACUGUAAAAGAUUUACAGUAAUCAUCCAAUAUUUUCGGCUACUCAUAUUACGAAGCUAAAACAGAAAGAAAGAUUGCUCAUAUUAGCCUAGGUUUGGGAUGAAUUGCUCAUAUAAAAUUGAACCCGAAACAAAUUUAAAAAAAAACCAGAUUUCUUAUCCAAAAACUUUAUGAUCACAUUUGCGGCAUUUCCUAAAAAAAAUUAUCGAUUUUUCAGAUGGCCUUGCACCGGUUCUCACAUUCCCCAACAAAACUCAAGUUGUCCCACCACUCGUUUUCACAAAUGGUGAUUUAUACAUUUGGAAAACUUCGAAGCCACCAGUUGGAGCGUAUUUCGUAAGUUUUACCAUUUUUUUCUCUGAAAAAAAAUCUGAAAUCCUUACCUGACUGUUUUUCAGCUCAACAUCAAUAGCACCGGCACACAUUCUUCAGUUUGUCAAUACAGAUUGAUGGGAAGAUCCACAUAUCGUUUGUAUGCUUCGAUUUCCAGUGAUUUGUUGACUGAUAACACUUAUCAUACUCCAGUUUAUCGUAAGAAAAUUUGAGUUAGACUAUCUCCAAAACAAAUAUUUUUUACAGAACAAUCUUCACACUUGGUUGCUCGUAUGGAUUCUUUAUAUUUGGAUGAUCCACUUGAUGCAACUCUUGAAGCUACUGUUUGGUAUAAUGGUAAAUUUUUUAAGAAUUUUUAAGAUGUUUAGGCUAGAAAAGUUGUCUUCUAAAUUCUAGAAACUCAAAAACUUCUAGCCAAAAAUAAUAGGCAAUCUCUGAAUGGGGCCCCUGGAUGGGGCCAGUUUCUGAGAAAAUGGGGCCACCUGAAUGGGGCCACUUGUGUGGCAAAUUCCCUCAAUGGGGCCAGCAAGAAAAAAGUAAGAAUUUCUCACUUUUUCCUGAAUGGGGCCACCUAAAAAGAUGAAACACAUAAUUUCUGGUAAUCUCUGAAUGGGGCCCCUGAAUGGGGCCAGUUUCUGAGAAAAUGGGGCCACCUGAAUGGGGCCACUUGUGUGGCAAAUUCCCUUAAUGGGGCCAGAAAGAAAAAAGUAAGAAUUUCUCCCUUUUUCCUGAAUGGGGCCACCUAAAAAGAUAAAACACAUAAUUUUUGUAUAUUUCCUCAAUGGGGCCAUGUAUUUUUUGUGCAUUUCCUGAAUGGGGCCCAUCUUCUCAUUUUUAUACAUCUUGUGACGUCAUAGUGACCGUGAAUUGAAAUUUCAUGAAAGUUUUCAAAUUUUUUAAUGGCGUAUGUGAGUUAUAACUUACUCAUAUGUUUACCACGUAUACAAUUGUUGGGUUCUGAAGGCAUGGAGCCUCUUUUACAUGAAAAUUCCCCAGUUUCAUGAAUUUUUGAAACAGUAAAAUUGAAUGAAAUAUUUCUUUUUGGAAUUCAAGUCUUGCUUAUUUCAAACACUCGAAAACUAUCAAAAAUCACAGAGAAAAUUCAGAAUUUUGCACAAAUUGGAGAAAAAAUAUCAAAUGUUUUUUCUCAAAUUUUCGGGUCACGAAAUUUUCGGGUUACUACGCAUUAAACAAUUCGAAAAUAUUCACAGAAGCAUGUUUUGAAAAUUGAACCAAAAUCUGGAAGUAGUUCGUUAGAUAAUUCUCACAGAAAUUCUAUAUAAAAUUUAAAAACUAUUGAAAAACAUGUCAUAUAAGUUUUCACACCUUGAUAUUUUGGCACCUUGCCCAUAAAUAAGACACGGACAUCGCGCAAAAAAAGUGUGUUUUUUUGGAGACCCAGAUGAGUUUUUUGGGAAGUUAUCCAAAAAAUUGUUGUCAACUAGCUAAGAAUACGAUAAUAACCAAAACUUAAUGACAUGAACAACUUAUUUUAGAAGAAAACAUCAAUUUUAUUGAAGAAAAUAAAUAUAAGAAUUGAAGAAAAUAAUAGGCAAGAAAUGUAAAAGUUUACCCAGAAAAAUUAUUCGAAUUAUUCGAGGAAAAUUUAAAUAUUUUCAUCAUCAGAGCCUGAAAAUUUGAGAAAAAGUUACAUUCGAAAUGUUUUCAAUGCUGAGAAUAAAAACCACAUCAUAAUAACGUUAUUAAAAAUUUGAAAACUUUCAUGAAAUUUCAAUUCACGAUCACUAUGACGUCACAAGAUGUAUAAAAAUGAAAAGAUGGGCCCCAUUCAGGAAAUGCACAAAAAAUACAUGGCCCCAUUGAGGAAUUAUGCAGAAAUUAUGUGUUUCAUCUUUUUAGGUGGCCCCAUUCAGGAAAAAGGGAGAAAUUCUUACUUUUUCUUUCUGGCCCCAUUAAGGGAAUUUGCCACACAAGUGGCCCCAUUCAGGUGGCCCCAUUUUCUCAGAAACUGGCCCCAUUCAGGGGCCCCAUUCAGAGAUUGCCUAAUUUCUGCAUAAUUCCUUAAUGGGGCCAUGUUUUUUUGUGCAUUUCCUGAAUGGGGCCCAUCUUUUCAUUUUUGUACAUCUUGUGACGUCAUAGUGAUCGUGAAUUGAAAUUUCAUGAAAGUUUUCAAAUUUUUAAUAACGUUAUUAUGAUGUGGUUUUUAUUAUCAGCAUUGAAAACAUUUCGAAUGUAACUUUUUCUCAAAUUUUCAGGCUCUGAUGAUGAAAAUAUUUAAAUUUUCCUCGAAUAUUUCGAAUAAUUUUUCUGGGUAAACUUUACAUUUUCCCAAUUAUUUUCUUCAAUCAAAUUGAUUUUUUCUUCUAAAAUAAGUUGUUCAUUUCAUUAAGUUUUGGUUAUUACCGUAUUCUUAGAUAGUUGACAACAAGUUUUUUGGAUAACUUCCCAAAAAACUCAUCUCCGUCUCCAAAAAAAACACACUUUUUUGCGCGAUGUCCGUGUCUUGUUUAUGGGCAAGGUGCCAAAAUAUCAAGGUGUGAAAACUUAUAUGACAUGUUUUUCAAUAGUUUUCAAAUUUUAUAUAGAAUUUCUGUGAGAAUUAUCUAACGAACUACUUCCAGAUUUUGGUUCAAUUUUCAAAACAUGCUUCUGUGAAUAUUUUUCGAAUUGUUUAAUGCGUAGUAACCCGAAAAUUUCGUGACCCGAAAAUUUGAGAAAAACAUUUGAUAUUUUUUCUCCAAUUUGUGAAAAUUCUGAAUUUUCUCUGUGAUUUUUGAUAGUUUUCGAGUGUUUGAAAAAAGCAAGACUUGAAUUCCAAAAAGAAAUAUUUCAUUUAAUUUUACUGUUUCAAAAAUUCAUGAAACUUGAGAAUUUUCAUGUAAGAGAGGCUAUGCCUUCAGAAUCCAACAUUUGCAUACGUGGUAAACAUAUGAGUAAGUUAUAACUCACAUACGCUAUUAAAAAACUUGAAAACUUUUAUGAAAUUUCAAUUCACGAUCACUAUGACGUCACAAGAUGUAUAAAAAUGAGAAGAUGGGCCCCAUUCAGGAAAUGCACAAAAAUUACAUGGCCCCAUUGAGGAAUUAUGCAGAAAUUAUGUGUUUCAUCUUUUUAGGUGGCCCCAUUCAGGAAAAAGUGAGAAAUUCUUACUUUUUCUUGCUGGCCCCAUUGAGGGAAUUUGCCACACAAGUGGCCCCAUUCAGGUGGCCCCAUUUUCUCAGAAACUGGCCCCAUUCAGGGGCCCCAUUCAGAGAUUACCAAAUAAUAUAACUUUGGCAAAAUUCUCUAUAGAGUGUGACAAGAUGUUCUAAUUUUACUAGACUCUAGUUUAAAUAUACCUGAAACUAGACUGUAGUUAGAGUCUAGUUUAGCUUGGCUCUAGUAAUUGGAUUUAUUUGGCUAAACUUCAUUGAUUCCACACUUUAGUUAAACUAAAGUCUAGUUACUAAAGCUCAACUAGACUCUAGUUUAACUAAACACUAGUAUAACUAGAUUCUAGUAAUAAUGGAAUAAUCCUAAAUGAAAAAUUGAUAAAUGGAAUUUUUCAAGCCUCAAAACCUGCGCUCAAAUUUUGAAAAAAAUUGAAUUUCAGAAAAUCUAGAAUUGAAAAUUUCCAGACCCUGCUACAAGCCAAAGACAAAUGCUCUACGCAUCUUCUGGACAAUGGCGAGAUAACUGCAAAUAUGAAAUGUAUUUCGGAACCUUCACAUGCCCUCAAGCAUUCCUCCCAAUUUAUAUCAACAUUUAUACCUCCGAUGUUUAUGGUCAAGUAGUUCUCCGAACAACCACAACCUUCUGCUCAACAUCUCCUCCACAACCAGAUACCCAACAAUGUUUGAAUGGUGGUGUUCUUUAUAACAACACUUGUAUAUGUCAAAGUCAUUUCUCUGGUGAAAGAUGUCAAACAAUUUCAUGUGAAAAUGGUGGAAGUUCACAAUUUGGAAUCUGCCAAUGUGCUGCUGGAUUUAGUGGACAAUUUUGCGAAGUUUCCAAAUGUUUUGAAUAUAAUAAUUAUGGAUUUUGGGGUUUCAAUCAUCGAAGUUUAUCAAUUAUGAUUCAUGAUUCUCUCACUACCCGAGCCACUUUGAGAACUUUGAAUGACGCAGCGCCAAGAGUUUUUAAUGAUAUUCUCUAUCAACAUCCAAAAUGGAUUUCGAAUUAUCAACUUCUUCGAUUUAAUGAUUCUGCACAUUCUUUGAUUGUUGAUAGUACAAAUGGAAAAGAUAUUGUUAGUGGCAUUUCUGAUCUUUAUAAUCAAAACCUUCAACAUAGUGGAUACACUUGUUUAUCGUUGGAUUUCUAUGCAACUCUUCUUGAAGUUAUUUCUCAUGAUAAGUGAGUUUUGGAACAAGGAAGAUUGAAUGAUUUUUUUAUCUAGCUAGAUUAUAGAGCUCAAAAAUCUUUGAAAAUUUGGAUUUUUCAGACUUUUUUUCACUAGAAAAUCAUAAAUUUUCAUUACAAAAUAAUAUUCUCAAAGAAUUUUUUUGCAGAAUUAAAAUUUCUGACAAAAUUAGAAUUUCAGAGGUUUUUUGAAAAUGUCUUGCAAAGUGGAUUUUUCAACACAGAAUUUCAGAAAUAUCAAAAAUUUUCUCGAAUUUUCUGGGUAUGCAUUCUGAAAUUUUGAAAAUUUUCAUUACAAAAUGAUUUUUGGGAAAAUUUUUUUUGAAGACUUUUUCGCAGAUUUGAAAUUUUUGAAAAAUUUUCUGAAAAUGUGGAUUUUUCAGACUUUUUUUCCACUCGAAUAUCAUACAUUUUCAUUAUAAAAUAUAUUUCUCGAAUAAUUUUUUUCAAAUUUAAAUUUUUUGUCAAAAUUAGAAUUUCAGAUGUUUUUUGAGCAUUUUAUUUUAAAGUCGGGUUUGAAAAGGUCCUUGAAUUUUCUGGACCAAAUUUGGCCAUCUGUUUUUUAAGCUCAAAAUUUGAAAAUUUGUUUUUUUAUGAAAAUCUCCAAGCUCACAGGUUCAUUAGAGUCCAGAAAAUUUUAAAACCUAAAAAAAAACUUUUCAAUAAAAAAUCUGAAUUUCAGAAAUUUCAAAAAUUUUCUCGACUUUUCUGGAUAUGCAUUCUGAAAUUUUGAAAAAAAUGUUGAUUUACUGAACUUCGGAACUUUUUGGUUCAAACAUUUGAGUCCAGAAAAUUAAAAAAACUCAAUUCUUUCUAAAUCUUUUUCAGUGUUCAAUGGGGUGGAAUUGUGUACGUCUUCCUCUACGGUCAACCAAAACAAGAUCUCGUCUCAUACGGUCAAAUCCUCCAAAGAAUCGAAGUCAACAAAAUCCAAAUCAACAUCAUUCAAUCAUCUCUAAACCCCUGUGGUCAAGACAUCACAGUUGACGGAUUAAUCAGUUUAACCCAGUUCUCCGGUGGAAGUUUCAUCACUGCAACAACUCCAAAUUCAGGAAGUGUUCUCAAUCAAAUUCCAACCAAUUACAUGUCAAGUUUGAUCUACGAAAAUACUCUUACCGAUUGUUCUGAUGCCACUUUCUACAUUCCAAUCGAUGAUGGAACUCAAUCCUUCACAACAUAUAUUCAAGGUUACUUGAAUUCAGCGCCAAUUUAUACACCACCAGGUGAUAGUGAAGCUUCAGUUUCGAACCUCUUCAAUGACUAUGGAACUAACGCUAGAAUGGAUUAUGUUGUUCGAUCUUGUGAUGAUGGAUGGAUUGCGAUUGACAAUCAUUGUUAUAAAUUCUCAACUGAAGCUGGAUUUUGGUAUGAAGCUUUGGUGACGUGUCAUAUGGAGAAUGCUUCGUUGGCUAAUAUUUUUAAUUAUGAGGAACAAUCAAAGUUGAAUGGUUUGUAAAUGGGUUUGGGAAUUUUGGAAAUAUUUUUUUUGAAGUUCAAAAUUGUUUUCAAAAAAUUUUACUCAAAAAAUUUAGAGAUUUUCCUAAAAAAAAGUUCCCAGAAUUGAAAAACCGCAAGAGCAAAUUGUCCCUGCAGACAAACGAAAUAAUGUUGUAAUGUCUGCAGUCUCUCUAAUUAGCACACACUCUCAUUUAUUUUUCUCUCAGUCUCUUCAAAACAUUUGACUUAUUUUCCCGCGCGGGACGAACGUUUUCACAAAAAAAAUUCGAGAGAAUUAAAAAAAAAGUUGGUCGGCAUGUGGGAUCGAACCUUGGCCCCGCCCACUCCGCAUGAAAAAGAUAGAGACAGGUGAGACCUGUCAGUUGUCGUCGCAUGAAAAAGAAUAAGAGGGGAGACGGUUUGUUGCAAGUGAUCAUUUGUUUCAUCUCAAUUUAUAAAAAAAAACGAAAACAAAGUGCUUGCACGAUUGGUUUUUGUAUUAUAAUAAUUUUUCGGCUACUGUAUAAGUGGCAGAAAAAUUAUUGUAGCACAAAAACCUUUCUUGCAUUCACGAAAAAUAGGGGGAAUCUAACAUGAUUUUUUUGAGGUUUUUUGUUAAAAAAAUUGAUGUAUUUUAAGAGAAAUUUUCAGAAGUCCUUCAGUUGAGAACUGUAUUAGAAAGAUCUUUCUGUAAGAAUUUUUUCUAGUCCAAAAUAUUUAGAGAUGAAAAAUAUAAUUUUUCUAUGUGGAAACUUGUAGGAAGAUAAUUUUUCUCCACAAUAUCUGACUAUCAUUAAUAUACAUUUUCAAAAAUCAAAAAAUUCCCAAGUUUACCGACAAAAAUCUUCAAAUUAUGAAAACCACCAUUUCAGCAUACAGUGCUAACGCGAAUUUCUGGAUCGGUCUCAGUGACAGCCUUCACUUCGGUACAUUCCAAUGGGACAGUUUCAAUGACGAUAUAGUUUUGACAUUGAAUGACACCCAAUAUUCCAAUUGGCUUCCAGGACAACCAGAACUCAACACCGAUAAACAGUAAGAUUUGUUUUUAUUGAAGCGAAAAACAUCUUUGAAUUUUUCUAGCUGUGUUGUCGAUGUCAACAAGAAUCAACAUGGUUGGAAAACUGCUGAUUGCACAGAAAAAUAUUAUUAUGUUUGUGAAAAGAAUGCUUGUAAGUUCAUCAUUUUUUUUCAGAAUUUUUUAGAGAACAAAUGAUUUUCAGAUACUUCGGAAUACACCUCUUCUAAUCCAGAUAUUAGUGAGUUGGGAAAAGAUAUUUGGAAUAAAAAAAAUGAAAAAAUAUGUUUUCAGAUCAUCUUGGUCGUGGUAUUUGGAAAGUUCAAGUCAAGGCUCAAGGACAAUGCGCAAUUUCAGUGAGAUCUCAAUCAACAAUUCAAGUGAGUUAUCAGAACUAUUAGGUCUUGAGAAUGAGAAAAGGGGGUUUUGAAAAAAAAAAUUUAAAUUUGGCAUUUGAAUUUAAAUUCUAGAUUCAACACACAUUCAGUUUCUGCAAAUAAAAAAAUUCCGAGGGUAGAAAAAUUUCAAUUUAUCAUUUAUUGAUUUUUUUUUUCAUAGAUUGAAUUUUUUCCGAAAGCUUAGUUUUUCUCUUGUCACGGUUGAAUCUUCUCUUACUGGAGCCUAAUGGAGUGAGCUAUUAAUUCGGCUGAAAUUUUUUUAGUGCUCAAAAUUGGGGUUCAGAUUCAAACUUUUUAAAUUUUUCUUUGAAUAGCGUUAAUUUUGAAUAAGGCUAAAUUAAAGCUCAGAACGGAUUUCAUAAUUUUUGCAGAAUCUUGAGAUUACGCUUUAGUUUUCACUUUGAAAAAAAAACAUUUUAGGAUUUUUCACUAAAGCCUAACAUUAAGCUUCAUCUUUUUACAAACUUUUUUUCAAAAAUUAAAAUCUAACAUAAGCUUUAAAGUAAGUUUGAAAAUCUGAACCUAAUUUUCUGAAUUGAAAAAAAAAUUUUUUGAAUUUUGUUUUGAGCUUACUCUGAUUUUUGAAAAUUUUUCUUUAUCUCACAACUUCAUUCCCUCCAGAGUUUAAUACUUCAAAACACACCCAUAUUUUCCAGCUCGCCACCAGAUUCACCUCAAACAUCCACGACGAUCUUGGAAGUGAUGAAUCCAACGAAAACACCAACAACAAUCGUUUGAUUGUUUAUCCAAACAGUCUUUCAAACUCAAAAGCUGUUGAAUAUGUUCAUUUCUACUAUGACAAUCAAACAAUUAUCAAUUCAAGAUCACUCAAAAAACGCGACAAUUGUCUUUAUAACUACAUUUCUGAACCAUUCAAUUGUCCAAACUUUUUCUAUCAAAUGCUUAUCACUGGUAUUUUGAUCUUAUUUUGACAUUCAAAAAAAUCAUAUGAUUUUUAGGUGUCGAUGAUGCUGGCUACCUUUAUCAAAGAAUCGUGCCAGCAGCUUGUGUUGGUGGAAUCGAUGAGAACUCCUGUACAAAUGGUGGAGUCUACUACAAAGGAAAAUGUAUCUGCCCAGCAAGCUUCUAUGGAGACACUUGUGAAUAUGCUUAUUGUGAAAAUGGUGGAUUUUUAUCGGCGACUUUGGAUAAAUGUGUUUGCCCGCCGUCGUGGGAUGGACAAUUCUGCCAAAUUCGUGAGUUGGAUUUGUUUUGGGAGAUCUCAAAAUUUUUGAAAAUUUUUUGAAAAAUCCGCAGAAAAUCAAUAAAAACUACACAUUUUUGUGAAAAAAAUGUUCGGUCAUAAACCUAUUUCAAUAUAAUUUCCAGCAUUGCUCAGGUUAUAUUUUAAUUUUUCUUGAAAAGUUUUUUUUAGAAAAUUUGAGAUCGCUCAUAUUAAUUUUGAUUCUGAUUUUGAGAAUUAUAAUUUUCAGCAUUGCUCAGACUAUGUUUCUUUUUGAAAGUUAGGGAUUGCUCAUGUUAGGUUUGAAUUUGUAAAUGUUGUAUUUUGUAGAUAUUUUAGGAUUGCUAAUGUUAAUCUUUGUUUGAAAAUCAAAUUUUUCUACAGAAAAAUUACCAAGAAAUUUUCAAUUGGAAGGCUAAUAUGAGCAAGCCUAAAACUAAAAUGAGCAAUGCUCCAAAUUCUACAAAUCUAAUGUUUUUUUUUCGGACAACAAAAUCAUUAUCAGCUACUCCAAACUUAUAGAAAAUAUUUUUGACUGGACCCUUUGAAACAAAAUCUCAAAUUUUUGCAGCACUUUGCACAAGAAAUCAAUUAAAUGUUCCGGAAAUUGCAAACACCGCCCGAACUUUCAUCGUCGUCAUCGAUGGAACAAUCAACGGUGACAUGAAAACAGUCAACGACAAUCUCGAGCAAACCAUCAACACAGUUCUAAACGGUGUCAACGCCAAAGAUCCACAUUGGUUCACCAAUUUCGUCGGUGUUGUUUUCCGCGACGCCGCCGCAAAACCAACAACAUCCCAAGUUAUCACAUCAAAUAACACUGCUACUUUUGCCAAAUUACUUUCGGAUGAGAUCAAGAAUAAUCCAUACACAGCAACACAGCAAAAACGCGACAUUUUCACUGGAAUUGUAAGAGCUAUCACGAAUACCAACGUUGUUGCAAAUUCCAAAGUUUUUGUAAUUACUGCUGGAAAUGCUCAAGAUACCUUAGAACGUCAAACUGUUGUUUCAGCUUUGGCACUCUCACAUUCAGCUGUAAGGAUAUUCUAAUUUGCUCAAGAUUUCAUACAACAAAAAUUUUAGGUUCACUUCUUCUUCAUUGGCGAUACCAAAGCUCCAGGAGACGCCACUGAUUACAAUGACCCAUCUGUAACUACACUUUUUGAAACAGCUCAUGUAACUGGGGGAUCUUCAUAUCAAUUGACAAAACCAGAAGAUCUACCAACUACUUGGCUUGCAGUUUUGGCAUCUCUUCAUAAUUCGUAUUUUGUUUUGACACACAAACUUGAGUGAGUUCUUGGGGGAAAUGAGGAAUUUUUGAGUUUACUAUCCAAAGAAUCCAAGAUUCCCCUAACCUAUUUAAAAAACCGGCGUCCUCAAAACAUAUAUAUAUUUUAUUGUUAAAAGAAAAAAUUCCUUUCCCUCUCUUCUCUCCAAAAAAAAAACAAAAAUAAAAAAAACCGCAAAAAAGCCGUAGGUUCCACCGAGAUUUGAACUCGGGUCGCAGGAUUCAAAGUCCUGAGUGCUAACCGCUACACCAUGGAACCGGACGAAAGAGAGAAUGCAUCGAGCCAAUAUAUACUUGAUGCCUACUCUCUUUCUCUGCCGCUGUGAAUAUUCUAUGUGUGUGUUGUGUUUGGGGGAAAGAGUGAAAACAAAACGGAUAGAAAAAACGGAGAUGCGGGAGAGAGUGAGAGAGUGAGAGACAUAGAGAAAGAGAGAAAAACAUUUUACAGGAAUAAUAAAGGUGUAUGUUUUUGUAUUAAAAUAUAAUAAGAAGUUUUUUUUUUCAAAAAAAAAACAAUUUGUGUCUGGAUUUUUACUCUUAUGAAAUAUUUUUGAAUAUUUUUUUUAUUUUUGAAGAAUUUUUUAUGAUUACAAAAAUAUUUAAAAUUUUGUAAGUUCAUAAGAAAUUUUAGAUUUUUUGCUCUUAAAAAUCUGAAAGCCUCAAUUCAAGCACAAAUAUGUUUUUUCAGUAACUGUGCUGUUUACCAAGAUUAUAUCGAGCUGGAUAUCAAUGGCACUGAAGUUAUUGUCGAUGUUUUCUCUCAAACCGCCGCUGAUAUUGCAGUUUUUGAUACUAAUAGUGAGUUUUAUAUAUUUUUCUGGAAUUUAUAAUCUGAAAAUCGAAAUUUUUGCAAAAAAAAAGCAUUUUUUUAGGUCUUUAAAUCAACUCAAAAUAACUUUUAACAAAAAAUGAAAAAAAUUCAGAAAAUCAAAUCUUGACCUUUUUUUCAGUCAAACGAGUUGAUUCCUUGAAUAUCGUCAAAUCAAAAACCAACCUGGUUACUGUAUUCAGUCAAAAUGGUGAACAACCUGGAAUUUGGACAAUUGACAUUGACAGCAGUUUGACGAAUGCGGGACCAUGUACAGUGAGUCAAAAAUAUGAAUCAGAGAAAUUUCAGUAGAGUUUUCUUUUCCAGAUCAACAUUCGUAUCCAAACCAACCUUGAAAUCGACCUCGCAUUCACCCAAGACAUCUCAACUGAUGGUGGCUGGCACGAUGGUGGAGCUGUGCUCUUCCCAAGAGCUGGUGAUUUUGAUAACGCAAUCGUCGCCCAAGCUUCAACUGGUGCAAUUUUGACAUAUGCUCAGAUUUAUGAUUUGGAUGAGACUCGACUUGCGUGGGCCAGCCCAUUUGUUGUCAGAGAUGGAUGUGCUUAUACUUUUAUUUCUGAAACGUGAGUUACUGUGUAAGAUGCACAACAGAACUUUUUAUUGAUUUUCAGAACCUUUAAAUGUGUUCACAAUUCAUUUGUGGUUUCAUUAGAUGGUUUCGAUGUUGAAGGACAUCCAUUUAGAAGAACUUAUACAAUUCAUUGUGAUGGGGAAAUUAAACCGCAACGUGAGUUGGGCGCAGGCUUCCAGAUAUUGGAUUUCAAGCUCUGAGAAAUCCUUCAGAUGUUCAAUUUCGAAAAAAAAUUAUAAUAAAAUUAUUUUCAGCAACAAUAGCAUCGGUUGCACCAACGUCGCCUUUACCAGUUACAAGCUCUGCUCCAGCUUCAACUUAUGCACCAUGUGAUGAUUCAACAGUUAAUGUAAGUCUAUCUGAAGAUUUUUUGAUAUGGAGGAGAGAUCUAGAGAUUUUCAGUGUUCAAAAAAUCAUUUUUUUUCCAGAUCGAUAUUUUGAUCGCUCUUGAUUCAUCAAGUGGAAUUAGUGAAGACACAUUCUAUCAAACCAUCGGAGCUGUGAAACAAAUCGGAAAUUCCUUGACAAUUGCUCAAGAUAAAUCAAGAAUCGUUAUUGGAACAUACGACGCUAGCCCGAAUUUCAGAGGAGAUCUCAACACAAUUGAUAGCUUUGAAAAAUUCACCGAAGAACUCAAUGAAUUGAAUACCUUUGGUUAUACCGGAGUUAGUGGAAAUAAUAUUCAAUCAAUCUUUGAUUAUAUUAACUUUGAAAAUAUCACCGCUCCUUUGAGACCAGCGCCAACUAGAAAAUUCUUGAUUUUUGUUAGCUCAACUGGAUGGGACACUGGAAACUUUGUGAAUGGACAUGAUACAUCAUUUGCGGAUCCGACUGAUUCGGCAAAACAAUUGAGAAGUGCAAGAUUGGAAAUGUAUGCGAUUGGAAUUGGUGAGAAAGCAAAUAUGACUCAAUUGGCGGCAAUUGCGAAAUGUCAUCAACAUGUUAAUUCUGCUAGCGAGAUUCCACAACUUGUUACUUAUAUUAAUAGUUUGUUCUGUGGAGCAACUGUGAUUUGUUGA